AGAGGAGAUAGAUCUGUCGACAGCAGCAGCAGCAGCGCAGAUGGAACUGAAAGCCGAGAUCGAGGCAAAAAAAGCGCGGCUAGCUGAUUUGCGACGGUUGCGCGAGCAGCGGGUACAGCAGCAUAGUGUGCAUCGGGAUGUUUAUACUUCUCCAUCUAGGACACAGGGCGAUAGAAGAGCGGAUAUAGAUCAACUUGUCGCCGAUCUCGUCGGUUCGCCUAGGACGCCGUCGCGGGGUGUGUCGAGGCCCGCUAGUCGGAUCGGGGAUCCAUUCUCGGACGUCGGCGGGGUCGAAGAGGGAUUUGAAGACCGGAACGCGGGCGGGUUUGAUAGUAGAGAACUCGGCAUCGUCACGACGACGUUAUUCGAAGUCGUGCCAGCAGAGAGACAAGCUGCGCCGCGGACGCAGGGCGAGGUGCAGAACGAGCAGCAGCAGAGGAUCGUGUAUAGUAAGGAAGUGCAGACAGAUGACUUCUGGAGCAGUAGCGACGAGAGCGGUGAUGAGCACGAGCAGCUGAAUAAGAAUGAGAAGGAGAAGAGGGAAGGGCAGAUCGACGAGGUUUCACUACGGCGCCAGAUCCGGGAAGAAAUCGAGCGCGAACUGCGCACCUCCUCCUCCUCCUCACAGCAGCAACAACAGCAGCAGCCAGAAAAAGAAGUACGCUUUAAAAUCAGCGAAAAAAGCGAGGUGCUAAAGACUUCAUCCUUCCUAACCUUCCUCGAAUCGUCCACGAAAGUCGUCGAGCGCACGCUGGAUGAGGAGUAUGACGUCUUGUACGAUUACGCGGUGGGUGUAUCCGCCGACGCCAGGGACGCGGAGUCUGAGUCGUUGGUUCGGCAGAGUUAUCAGUUCUUUUCUGAAAAGUGGUCGAAAGAUCGGUCGGUUACGUCGAUAGAUUGGUCGUCCUACUUCCCGGAACUGGUACUGGCGUCGUAUUCGAGAAACACGAGUUCGUUGCGCGAACCGGCGGGCGUGGUGCAGGUGUGGAAUACGCAUCUACAAAGUCGUCCCGAAUUUGUCUUCCAAGCGCAGAGCGACGUCCUAGUCGCCAAAUUCUCGCCGUUCAACGCAAACCUCGUAAUCGGCGGGUGCUACAACGGCCAGAUCCUAGUCUGGGACACGCGCUCCGGUGCGACGGAGGCCGUGCACAGGUCUGCGCUGAACGGGAGCGGGCACGCGCAUCCGAUUUACUCGCUUGAUUUCGCGAAUUCGAGCGGGUCGAAUACGAUCGUGAGCUGUAGUACUGACGGACGGGUGUGUUCGUGGACUGUUGAUAUGCUUGCUCGGCCUCAGGAACUAAUUGAUCUAAAACUCCCCCCUCCGUCCCGAACAGAAGACCUCGCCCCCACAACAAUCUGUGUCCCCCGCUCAGACCCAACCUACUUCCUCGUCGGCUCCGAAGACGGAAAUAUCUACAGCUACAACCGCACCACCUCGCGCGCAAAUCUGAAAGCGGGUCUCGCGCUUGCGACACAGCCUUCUGGACACUUUGCGCCGGUGUCGGCGUUGGGGUUUCAUCCUGCUGGAGGAGCAGGAGGGGGAGCGGCGGGGGAUUUGAGUGAGUUUGUGUUGAGCGCGAGUUUAGAUUGGACGGUGAAGUUAUGGCGUGUGUCAAAGUCCUCCACAGGAGCAGGAGCAGGAGCAGGAGCAGGAGCAUCAACUAAUGUUAAUGCAGCAGCGGCAGGACUGUCGCUGGAGGCGGUAGCGGAGUUUGCGGGCGCGGACGCGAUUUACGAUGUCGCGUGGAGUCCUGUGCGGCCGGCGGUGUUUGCGGCGACCGGGUGUGCGGGAAAAGUGGAUAUCUGGGAUUUAACAGUUGACACCGGUGUUCCUGUUGCGUCUGCGUCUGUCUCUUCUUCUGCUGCUGCUGCUCAUACUACUGAUGAGAAGGAGGAGAAAGGGGAGAAAGGGGAGACGGCCCCGUUAAAUAAAAUCGCGUGGGAGAAAAGGGAGGGGAGACAGGUAGCGGUCGGGGGGGUGGGUGGGCGGCUUACGGUGUUUGAUGUCGGGCAGCGGUUGAGUAGUGCGAAGGCGGGGGAGGCGGGGGUUAUGCGGCGGUUGGUUGCCGAGCGGGGGAGGUGAUGUCUGUGUGUGAGAGAAUGCAUUAUGGCUAUGACGAAGGUGUAGAUGAGAUGAGAGAGACGAGGGCGUGGUUUUGCUUUAAGUCGUCUGCAACGAUGAUGCGGAGGGGGUUCAAGUAUUGGGUAAGUACAAGGGUGCGGAAGACGAGCGCGGUCCGAGGAAGUUGGGGAGGAGGAGGGUGUAGAUGUAGCUUGUGGUAGACCGAUGUGGCUCUGACGAGGAGGAGGAGGAUAUUCGAGGGAUGAAAGCGUGGUGAGGAGAAGCAGAUGAUAUCAGUAAACCUCAUCCUUCCUCUCCUCUCCUUCUAUUCUUCCAUAUUCCUCUACAUCAUCCCUCUUUAUAAACAAUAAACAAUAAUCACCAUCCCUUCCACUGCUGCUAUACUUUGAUCUCUCCGCACGUGACAACCCCGUGCGGCUUAGCGAAGGUGGAAAUGGAGGAUUGGCGAUGGGAAGUCGAGAU